AGCUACGUUUGGCAUUCCAAAUACACGUACGAGCAAACGUCCAUCCAUUGGUGAAACAAUACCAAGGACGCAAAACUGGGAUGGCGGUUCUCGGCUUAGCAAGACUCAUUCCAAUUUAUAUGGUCUCAUAUCUUGUCGCGGGAGAAUACUGCUCGACUCUUACAGACGAUGGCUCGCACCCCUUCCCACCGAUCUCCGACUAUCAGAGUUUCCAAACCAACAUGGAAAUCAACCUCAAAGAAGAGGACAAAACGAUAGAGGUUGAAGCUUAUUUCAAUGGGAAUAUGCAGCAAGAAAUGAUAAGCUACUUCGCUCCGACUAAGACAGGUUGGGGAGUGGGGGUCCAGGCGAUCUUCAACUACAAGGAGAAGCAGAUCUAUGUCAUCAAAGGUGGUUGGGACUGUGACACUUUCAACAUUACGGAUAAUGACAUGAAAUUCAUAUAUACAGACAUACCCAUGGAUGGUAUUGGGUACCUGACUUCGGUAGCUGGGGGUCUUAAAUUCGGGCGCGGCUUCAGUAGGGCUUACAUCAACCACACCUCACCAGUUUAUAUCCGAGGUAUCCACGCCGAACAAUGGAGAAGCUGCGUCUACUCUCCAGAACACAACUCCAACUUUACGGUUGAUUACUACUUCUCAGCCAACUGGACCCAUCCGGUGACGAAAGGCCCCGUCUUGUUGCGAAUUGUCGCAAAGGGGCUACGGGACGUGGGUAACGCGACGAAGUCUUUUGAGACCUAUUACGAUUUCAUGUCGUUCAGGCCAUUGGUUUUGAGUCAGAAGGUCUUCCAAAUCCCCGACAAUGUAUACUGUAAAGGAGAAAUAAACACGAAGAAGAUCCCUCACCUCCCGGAACAAUUCUCCUAUCGAAUGGAGAUCACUCUCAUCUCGUUGGAUUUUCCAAUCAAAGUUGUCGAGUACAAAGACGCCUGGUACGACUACAGCAAGCAGUUGAUCAGGCUUGAUUAUCGGACGUAUGAGAAAGGAGUGACGGAGAACAACAAUCCCAUUACCGAGAUCCAUGACUUUAACACGGGUGUGAGUUACUCCAUCGAUAAAGUCCAAGAUAAGUGUACCAUCAGCAGUAUCAGCAGUUCAUCCGCGGACAACACUUUCGACCCCAGCCAAGUCGAUGCAGAUAACGCCCUCGUCAUAACAAUGAAGGACCCCAUGCAGCUUUUCUAUUUGACACUGGACUACAAUUACAUUGGGAAGAGUGUUCUACGUGGGAUAAUAUGUCACGUGUUCAUCGCUGAAUUUGAAUAUAAACCCGCAGGAAACGGCUCGAGCAGAUUUGAAUACUAUUUUUCAUCUAGCAACUGGUUUAUGAAUAAUAACGUGGGAGCGAAGCCAAGUAAAGAAGUCCCCGUCUUGUUGAAAAUAACAAAUGAGAAUGGCUUCGCGGCAGAGUAUCAUUUCUACGACUUCAGCACAAAUGACGUCAUGAUCGGCGUGUUCGAGGUCGCAAGCUGCUACUCCGUAAACGAAAAGAAACACGUUUCUGUGGAAUUUCCCGGGCCGUACAUUGGCACUGUAGAAGACAACCUUCCAGCGUUCAUGGAUUUAGUCCGCCAGGCUGUGGCGAUGUCAUCUGUGGUUAGCCCACUCAGGAUACAAAACAUGGAUGUCGACUACUUUUUGGAUACUAAUUCCAUCUAUGCCAGUUUUACUCUCUUAGGCAAGGCACCGAGAGAAGCGCAGUUCAGCAAAGGCGUGGCAAAGCAGAACGUAAACAAAGUGGACUCCGUGCAUCCUCAAGUUUACAAUGUUGACGACUGCAUGGAGUAUUGCCUCGAAGCAUCAGAUAUCGUCUGUAAUGGUUUCGACUUUUGUGAUGAUACGUGCUUGCUGUUUCAAAAACAUGGAGGAACGAGAGAUUUGAUGGAUAGUACACAGUGUAAACAUUAUUCACGCAUUGUAAACGGUAGCCCUGUUCAAGAGCAGACUCUCAUUGGGGCAUGGCAGGAACUUCGGAGCAGUGUUUACGAAGGAUCAAUGAAGGUUCUACUCAUGCAUAGUGAUGGACAAGGUUACAGUACAUUUAUCGCGAAGUCAAUAAAGGACAACACCGUCACAGACAAAGAUGGAUUCGAAUCAGAUGACGCGAUGUCGCGUUUCGAACGGUCGGAUAAGAACACGAAAUUGCUCCCAAGCGAUGCCAAGGCGUUUGCAAUCAAGACCUCGUUGGACGAGUGUGCCGAGCUGUGCAUCCUCGAGAAGACUUUCCAAUGUGCCUCAUUCAGUUAUUGCCACUUUGCGGCAGACGUAGUGGACAAAUGCCUCGUAUCGUCUGCCCAUCCUGAUGUUGACAAAACUGUUGUUACUGAUGCUACCGGCUGUGAUAUUUACGCAAGACACUACGUAGAAGACUUCAACAGGUACGCUGGUUUCACCGGCCUGACCAUAGACAAGACCUACUCCUCAUGCAAGACCAGCGUGAAGGACUGUGCCUUGGAAUGUUCAAAGUCGGACAAGAUCGACUGCAGAUCGUUCUACUACUGCCUGACCAACGACCUAGAGGCACCCACUUGUUUUAUCAGUGAUAGCAGAAAACCGGGAACGACUGACCCAGGCUACGGGCAAAGUCAUGAUUGUCAAUUCUUUUCGAAGAAAUAUUUCGAUGACUUUAUCCAAGUAGGAAAAAAUCGUAUUACGUCACUUACCGACGGCAUGCUUUUUGGUGACAUCAGCGUUGAAGGAUGUAUAGAGCGCUGCGUCGAGGCAUUUGGGGAUGAUAGAUGCACGGACCUGGAGUACUGUCCAAAUGAACAACCUCCAAAAUGCUUCCUUCCUGUGCCAGGAUACACGUACCAGGGGAAGGCUACUUUAACCGGAGACUGUCAACAUUAUACAAAGAGGUUGUCAACCAAUGAUUCCACUUCUACAGCAACUUAUGAUAGACAGACAAAUGAGAAAAGCUCAAGUGGACAAUUCAAUUCAGCUCAAAUGGCAUCUCUGGGCAUCGGCAUGGUGAUUCUUGGAGCCAUAUUCGGAGCGGUCGUGUUCUGGGCCAUCAGCCGGGCGAGAAUAUCCAUGAAGGGGAAUGCAGAGGAAACAGCAAAUCUCCCUCAUUCGAGGCUUGAGAUGUCCUCAAGCACAUAGACUGACGUGUACAUGUAUAUCGCAAUUUAUAACCUGAGAGGAUUUGUAACACAUGAACAAGUAAACUGUUUUUCAGAUAGAUCUGGCCAAAGGUAACUGACCCAUGCACUAAACUGUGAAGAUGUGAUCACAAAUAGUAAUGCUACACAGCCCUGGCAGAUGGUGUCACAGUUGACCGGCUUAAGUUGCACCGUGAAAGAGCUUUGUUUAGGCUUACCCUAAGGACAAUUCAGUCUUGUGCAACACCAUUAUCUUUUGGUAAAUGUGAUCUGGUCACAUUCCUGAGUUCAGCAUGUACAGUACAUGCACCUUUGGCCAGAACGAUAUGAAAAACACUAUAUAAUCAGAGGAUUGGAACAAAAACGGGUUGAGAAAUUGAGGAGAUAGUGAGUCUUCAGUGUCCAUGCUGUCCAACUAAAACUAAAUAAAAGUUAUUGGACAGAUUGUGUUACAAUAUUUGAACAAUUUAUUCUGUGCUUGGGUACUGCAGAAUAUACUGUGAUUGAUUUA